UGUUUACAUUCAUAAUUAGGGUUAUGUUUUUUCUCCGCUCAAAGUUUGGACUUUUUCGGCAAAUUGUUCCGUGAAUUUGUCUAUUCUUAUCACUAAUUUAUUUUACCCGAAGUGUUUAUCAUUCUAGUCCACGUCUCUUUGCCCUUCUAAAUAAUGAGUGAAACACUUUUGUUCCUCUUUUCCUUAAUAGACACAGGAGCAAUUCUGUUCCUACUUGUUUACUUUGUCAUAACUUUAUCAGACUUAGAAUCUGACUACCUAAAUGCCCAACAAUGCUGUGCACAGUUAAAUAUUUGGGUGAUACCAAAGUUAGCAGCUCAUGUGGUGAUCUUCGUGUUAUUCAUCUUGUUCCAAUGUUGGUGGCUGGCGUUAGCAAACAUUCCGGUUUUAGCAUGGAUUUCUUAUGAGUUUUACUCCGUUCCUCCCGGUAAUACCGGUGUUUAUGACCCAACUGAGAUUCACAACCAUGGACAGCUUAGAAAAUAUAUGCGAGACUGCCUGAUAUCAAUAGGAUGGUAUUUAAUUGCUUUCUUCUGUUAUUUAUACUGUCUAAUUCUUUCUCUAAUCAAAGACAACCCUCUGGAGAAAGACGGUCUACCAUCUGAUCAUUAAAAUUGAAGACUUCACCACUGUAUCUCAUGUUAAUAUUAAUUUUUUACCUCCUAAGCUAAUGUUAUUACUCUUAAGCUUUAGUCAAUUUUGCACUCUCUCUUUCUGCCUCAACAAGUUAAUUUACUAAUUUGUUAUGAGUAUGCAGACAACAUGGCUAUGCCUUCACACAAUUUUGUAAACUGAUCGAUCUUUACCUCAAAUUUUAAAUAUUAUCAUUAUUUGAAACGUCUAUCUCCAACAUGGUUAUGUUUCAUACAAUCCUACCUGUAACCUUUCAGAAAAAAUGGUGAAUAUAAAAACUAAAUAUUCAUUGUGUUUUUAAAAUUUUUGUUUCCUUUUAUCUUUAUAUUUUAUCAUUUUAGUUGCCUACAAAAUUUGUAUUAGUAGGUACUUUCUCAAACUUUCAAUAAGCGGUGUGGAGUCCAUGUGUUUGCAAUGUACUAGAAAACAUUCAAAUUUUUUCGAUACGUUUUUUUAGAUUUUUCUGGUGAAAAUUUUAAAAAAUAAAAACAACCCUAUUAAAUUAUUGUCAUGCUGUAGACUGUUUUAUUCCUGCACACUCAAUUGGCCUAAUACAUUUUAGCACAUGUUGUACAAAAUUAAAACAAAUGCAGCAUGAUGCUUAGUUUUGUAAAUAAAAUUGUCCAGCCCUCUUCUUCAGUCCUGAUGAAAAUUUUGCUAAAGGCAUAGUUUCAAUGUUGUCAGUAAAUCUACCAAUCUUCUUGUUGAUUUGUAUGAAGUCUCAGGAUUGGUACUUCCGAUCGUUCCAACCAAAUAAUCUUCAUUUAUUCUAAUAUUCAGUGCUGCACGUAUAUUAAAACUUUACUUUAACUUGCCAUCAUAUUGAUGAUUUACUAAAAAAAAUUCUCGCCGGUGAAUCCUCUCAGAGAAGAGGAAAAUUCUCUCUUGAGGCAAUCUGAGCCAAAUUAAAGUGAUUCACAAAAUCUCUUACUUCAGGAACUAUAUUUAUUUGACUUCUAAUGCAGAAAAGAGACCAUUUUGGCCCGAAAUUCUUAACUGUCACUAAUUCUGACAAAAGGGUUCUGAUCUAGAUAGUGUCAUAACCUUCAGAAAAAAUCAUUAAAAUUUUGUUGAUAUUUCAUCAUUAAAAUGUUUUGGUACAGAGUUCUCAAAAAUAUUAUACCACUGGUUUGAUAUUCACUUUGAUCAGAAUUUCUGUCUUAACAUUUAUUUGAGCCUAUCUUGACACAGAAUUCAGCGCUUAGAAAAUUGAUUAAACAAUUUAUUUGAACUUGAAUGGGUCAAAUGCAGUCAUGCUUACAAAAAAUGUAAGUCUUAAGAGGAGAGUUUUGUGUGUACUGAUGUGUGUUCAGUAAGUUUCUCAGAUGUUGAGAAUUGAUGGUUUUUAACCUAAAAUGUACUUUUUCACCUUGGUUUUUGUAUUUUGUUUGAUUGAAAAGGUUGAUAAAGUUUUUUUCGAAAAAAAAAAA